CCGCCGGAGACGAUGGCGGAUGCCAAGGCCGCCAUGGCGGCGAUCGGGAGGGUCACGCGGAAGCUGCGGCGGCGGGAUGCCUUCGAGGUGGAUGCCCACCGCCCCGCCAUCGAGGCGCUCAAUCGCCCCUUCGCCGCCCAGGCUUUGGAGUGGAAAGAGAAGGCGGAGAAGUACGAGUUAGAGCUGCAACAUCUCUACAAGGCGCAUUCCCGUUCGUCCGAGCAGCUGGUUACCUUGAUAGAAGAGCUGAAAGCAUUGAAAGCGCUGCUCAAGGAGAAGGAGGCGCUGAUUCCGACUUUGCAGAGCGAACUUGGGCAGACUAGCGAAGAAAACCUACAGCUAAAGCAAUCACUUGAAGAGAAGACACAGGCUUUAGAGCUUCUGAUUCAGGAGCACCAGGCGGCUAAAGCUGAGCUUGAGCAGGCGCUAGCGAAACUGAAAGGUGUGGAGAAUGAGAACACGCAGCUGGUCGAGCGGUUGAUGCAAGCAAAGAUGGUGGAGGCAGAGAAGCUUAACGAGGCCAAUGCCAUGUAUGAGGAGAUGGUCUUAAAGCUAAAGGCAGCUGGGCUUGGCGCUGGUGGAAUGCAACACCAUGCAGAACAAGAAGCUGAUGGCAUCAUUCGUCGAUCCGAAGCUGGGUACAUUGACAUCAUUGAAACACCAAUCCCAUCUGCACCCAGAAUCACCAUCCGUGCUCAUGAGGGUGGGUGUGGAUCUAUAAUAUUCCAGAAUAACACAGACAUGCUAAUCAGUGGUGGCCAGGAUCAAACUGUGAAGAUAUGGUCUGCACAUACUGGUUCUUUGAGCUCCACCCUACAGGGUUGCUUGGGGUCUGUCAAUGAUCUUGCUGUGACCAAUGAUAACAAGUUUGUAAUUGCCGCGUGUAGCUCUAACAAGUUGUUCGUAUGGGAAGCUAAUGGGGGGCGUCCUCGUCACACUCUCACUGGUCACACAAAAAGUGUUUCUUCUGUAGAUGCAAGCUGGGUGAAAAGCUUGGUUAUUGCUAGUUCAUCCAGUGACCGUACUAUCAAGAUUUGGGAUCUCCAGACUGGCUUCUGUAAAAGCACCAUAAUGUCAGCAAGCAACCCCAACUCGCUAGUUUUCAUCCAUGGCGAUACCAUUUGCUCAGGUCAUAGGAAUGGAAGCCUUCAGUUCCAUGAUAUCCGCACUGGAAAAUCCUCAGCCACAACAGUAGGUGCUCAUACUGAUGUCACAUCGGUAUGUGUAUCUCGGAGCAAAACUUAUGUUCUUUCAAGUGGAAGAGAGAAUGUGCACAAGCUUUUUGAUGUUAGGAUGCCAACAGUGUUAGUGGAGGAUUCUGGAACGCUCAGGGCCCCGGGUAACAGAGUGAUUGGCAGCUGGGGCAGACCUUGUAUAAGCCCAGAUGAAAAAUGCAUCGCGGCUGGCUCUUCUGAUGGGUCUGUUUACAUAUGGCCGAAGCCGAAGGAUGAGAAGGAUGCGCCGCAGCCGCUGGCCAUCCUAGAGGGCCACCAUUCAUUACCGGUCGUUUCAAGUGCAUGGUCCGGGUAUGGACCUCUUGCCACCGCUGACAAGAAUCAUAUUCAUAUCUGGGCUUGAGAUCUGCGGUUCCUUCGGUCAUCCGGUCCAGGAUGCGGCGAGCUUGACUUCAGUAUGUUAGUGCUUGUUUACCGCUAUUCCUGAGAACACUAGUUUGCAUGUAAAUGGCUUAGUUAGAGUCUAAUCAGUUGUGAAUAUCAAAACUGACAGCAUGGCAUGUUCACCCACUUUCCUCUGUCAUAUGUGUUUAGGGGAUUCCUCUGUCAUCUAUCUGUUACUGGUAAAACGGAUGGAUUGCAAGUCUUGAGCAA